GUGUGAGUAGCGGGUGCUCUCGCUUCAAUGUUGCAGCCAGCGUAGUGGCAGAUCGCUAGAAUACUGGAGGGAGCCGGGUCGAGUGAGCUAUUUGGGGUUCCCAAAAAUCUGGGACAAACAGGCAGACAGAAAGACACACAGGCGGAUGGACGGAAAGAUAGGCAAGUGCUCCGACAAAAACGAGAAACGUAACGGAUAUUCGGCUUUCUUUUUAUGUUGUUUCCGUUCUUUAUUUAUUUGGCUUUAUUUAUUUAUUUAUCGAUUGAUUGCGUUUUAAUUACUGCCUUGUGACAGGGAGUGAGGGAGGAGGAGCGUAGGCCAAGCGGGCACGUUGUGUAGCCUUUCCAAAUGUUUAUUUAUUUCAGCUGAUUAGCUUAUUAAUGCGACUAUUUUACAUGCAUUUUAAACACGAUUCGCUGCUUUGUAGCCUGCUUAUGGGUGAAUGUGUGUGUAUAUAGCCUACAUGUGAGGGACAGUGAGAGAGUGCAAUCAGCUAGAAACCAAAUAAAGUAGAUUAACCAAAAAUAACAAAUCCAAAUCUAUCACAAUAAUUGUUGUACUUUAUGCACGCCAGCGUGACUCGGGUUUCGUCUGUUUCUAUUGUAAUAGUAUCCAUUUUAUUUACCAGCGCAAACCAAAGCUAACCCGGGUGAGUGACGCUAAGAGACUAGCGACUGUUACGGUGUUUGUUCUCACGCCUGUCGAUAGGAAAACAGUAGGCUAACAUUGAGACUAUGCUAAUAUAAACGCAUACAUGAGAAAUAGAACGAUUAGACUAAUGUAUGGUUACUUACAGUUUGCCACGGCAUACGAGAGAGACAGGAGCAAAAAUCUGGACAUAACCACAGGCUUAUAAUACAAGUAUUAUUACUAUAUUAGUCCUGAUAGUGUUCUUCUGAUAUAGUAGUGGGAGUUCAGUUGUGGUUCUAUCCGUCUGUGUGUUGGGUCUGGGCUGUUUCCUUAGCCUGAUUGCUGCACAGUCAAGGAGCACCAUAUAGAUUUAUGUUUUAUGCACAUUUACAUCCAAAAUCCUGCGGAUGAGAAACAGACAUCCUAAAACGUAAAUAGAGCUAUCCAGCAUAGCCUAGAUGUGUACACGCCAUCAACUGGUAAGCUAAACAACGAAUGUUCUAAGUUUUCGAUACCAAGUAUAUUUCAAACGGACGAAGAUACACAGAAGAGGAACCAUCUUGUCACAAUAUUACUGAAAAAUGAUAUGAAACAAAACCAGAAGACGGAGGAAGAUCAUGUUUGUUCCCUUGCCGGUGCCGUUCAUGUUUCAGAGAACUGCCCCUGACCUCAACGCCUGGCGUCUGAAGUCCCCGUUGGCUCUACGUUCCGACUCCGAAAUCAGGAUGUCAAAGCCAGUUGAGGUUGAGAACACAGUGGCUGACUCUCCAAUGGAGAGCACAGAUUCAGAGCGGAAUGGUCCUGACUCAAAUCAUCAGCUUCAGCAGAUGAAAAUCAGUCCCUUUCACCUUUCUCCAACCCUCAGCAGCAACAAGAAUAAGAUGGAAGAGGGUGGUGAGAUGUCCCCGGGCCCUCCUCCCCACCACAGCCACGCCCCCUCACAGACGCCCCUCCCACACACACAGCUCAUGCUGACCGGUUCCCAACUGGCAGGGUUGACAGCUCUCUUGCCAGCUCAGCAGCAGUUGUUACUGCAGCAGGCUCAGGCUCAGCUUCUAGCUGCAGCUGUGCAGCAGUCUGUUCAGCAGUCCAACGCAGCUCACGCAGCUCACGCAGCUCACGCAGCUCACGCAGCUCAUGCAGCCCACGCAGCCGCCCAAGCCAAUCAGCAAGCUCAGGCAGCCGCAGCAGCCAAUCAACAUGCCCAGCAGCAGGCGGGACAGACAGGGCAGCAGGGCCAAUCACAGCCCCAGGGACAGAGCACACAUGAACAGACAGGUCAACCUGUCCCUGUCCCGCCCACUCAUCCUCAGCUCACCCUCUCUCAGCCAAUUCAGCUCACCGCCCAGGACAUCCAGCAGUUGUUGCAGCUGCAGCAGUUGGUUCUGGUGCCAGGACACCACCUGCAGUCUCCUCAAUUCCUCCUCCAACAGCACCAAGGGCAGCAAGGACUGCUAUCAACACCAAAUCUGAUUCAGCUACCUCAGCAAAACCAAGGGAGCCUCCUGUCCGCUCCCAGGCUGGGACUCCAAGCACAGAGAGAUAAGGCUAUGGAGGGCAGUGGGGUCAUGACCUCUGUGUCCUCUGUGACCUCUCACCCCGAGGAGCCCAGUGACCUUGAGGAACUGGAGGUGUUCGCCCGCACCUUCAAACAGAGACGCAUCAAACUGGGCUUUACACAGGGUGACGUGGGAAUGGCCAUGGGGAAGCUAUAUGGUAAUGAUUUCAGCCAGACCACCAUCUCUCGCUUCGAGGCCCUCAACCUGAGCUUUAAGAACAUGUGCAAACUCAAACCACUACUGGAGAAGUGGCUCAAUGAUGCAGAGACCAUGUCCACAGACAGUACUAUGCCCAGCCCCAGCUCUCUGUCCUCUUCCUCAAUGGGCUUCGAGGGCCUGCCGGGCCGACGCAGGAAGAAAAGAACCAGCAUCGAGACUAACGUCCGCGUGGCCCUGGAGAGAGCCUUCAUCACGCAGAACCAGAAGCCUACCUCAGAGGAGAUCCUGUGUAUCGCGGACCAGCUCAGCAUGGAGAAGGAGGUGAUCCGCGUGUGGUUCUGCAACCGCCGACAGAAAGAGAAGCGUAUCAACCCCAACAGUGCCACCCCUCCCUUGCCCAGCCAGCCCCCCCAAGCCCCACCGACGCACAAACCCCCCUGCUACAGCCCACACAUGAUGUCCAGUCAGCUGUCCAGUCAGCUGUCCAGUCAGAUGUCCAGUCAGCUGUCCAGUCAGAUGUCCAGUCAGCUGUCCCAGGCAGUGACCAGCCUCAGUACCACAUUGACCACCAUGUCAUCGUUCUCCCCUCUGAUCCCCAGUGGUCCCACCCACUCAUCUCUCAGCUCCGCCUCCUCUCCAGUGACUCCUCCUCCUCCUCGCAGCACAGCCAGCCCAGCCACUCCCAGCCACAGCACACUGAGUCUCAACACAGGCUUAUGGCGUUUGGGUAAAAAGAAUGGUGAUGUGUCUAACUACAUCACCGAUUUUGCUGCAAACUUGAGGAACACUGUGAUGGGAGUAAACACAGGGAACCAGGCUCUGAACCAAGCUCUCCUCAGCAACAACCCUUUGGCUACUAUACAAGCUCUAGCAGCCAGUGGUGGCCAGCUGCCCCUUUCCAGUCUUGAGGGGGGCAGUAAGGUGUUGCUGGGUGGUGCAGGGGGGCAGGGAGGGGGUCUCCAGUCCUCCUUUUUCCUCAACCACCCCGCUUUCCUCCACAUGGGCCAGAAUCCUGGUGCUGGAUUGGUCAGCGCUGCCGUAGCCAAAGCAUCCCAGCCCUCCCCUUUCCCCUCCACCAGUAGCAUAAGCCCCACCCCCUGCUCCCCCUCCCCUUGCUCCAGCCCCGCCUCUUCCUGCGACUUCGAUGAAUUGGCGCACAGCCCAUCCUCAUUGGGAGGGGCUAAGAUUGAGUGACACAGCCAAGUGCCAAUCAGAGAGGAGGAGAAAGGAGGAAACGACAACCUCGCCUUUCAACCAAAGCUAUCUCUUUUAUCACUCUCACCCUACACUCUCUCUCUCUCUUUCCCCCAGUCUUUCGAUGCCAAAAAUACACAGAAUGAAAGAGAGUAGAGGGGGGAGUCAGAAGUGAAAAGGGGGAGAAGGGGGGAAAGAGGAAGAUUGAAACCAAAAAUCUUUAUCUAUCCAAAGUGAUGGAGGAGGCAUCGUGGGACUGUUUAGUCAAUACUGAGCGAUAUCGCACCUCUCCUUUCUGUCUCUCUUUCUUCCCCGGGAAAAUAAACCAAUGACAAAUAACAGGAGUAGAGAUGUGUGUCGAAUCGCGUGAACCAAAAAUGACAAAAAUAAACAUUACUGUGUGUUUUGGGGGAAUGGUGGCAAGGACAGAAAAAAGAAGUGGAUGAUUUUCUUUGAAAAGCUGCAGGUCUGAAAGAGGAGGAGAUGGGAGGAGGAUUUUAAACCAAAAAUGUACCUGAGGAGGAGAAGAGGAACGCACGAUGACAAAAAUCAACAACCAUACCAAAAUCCCAGAAACCAAAAAUACGGAAGGAAAAGCUUUAUCCAAACGACUUAUACAUACUGAUCCUAUCCAGGACCAGGACUCUGCUACACACACACACACACACACACACAUUCGAUCACAUUCAUCUAUCCAUCUGAUUAGUCAUCCACCCUUCAUGUCUGUCAUAGUCUGUCACUCACUUUCACUGCAAUUAUAUUGUUUCUGUGGGAUAUUUUAGAUUGUUAUAAAUGGUUGAUACUUAACGAGCCAAGCUUACAGGUGUAUAGUUUGUGUUUUCCUACCACUGCUUCUUUAAGUGUGGUGUCCUAUCUCCCCCUUGCUUUCCAAUAGUUGGAGUCUGUCAUCGUCAUCAAUAUCAUCAUCUUGUGCCAUUUACUUCAUGUUGUCAGAGAUAAUAAGAGACAAGAGGGAACAAGAGAUCAGGCUGAGUGUAGCAGUUUCCAGCCUUGAUAAAAACCUCUCUCUCCGUAAUUACUCACAACAAAAUGACUCACUUGAUGAAAUAAUAUUAGACCUAGACUCAAUGUAGUCCUUGUGAAUGGCCAAUCCACCAUGGUGACAGUAUGAAAUUGAGCAUGAUUGGAGAUUUAACCUAGUAACAUUUUGAGGCAAGAAAUAGGUCUAUUGAUAACAAUGUUAGUUUAGUCAUGGACAGGUCUGUCUUACGUUGUCAAUCAGCCAUCUGUCUCGACGUGCAGUAGAGAAACAGAGGUCAAAACCUGUUUAAUGUUUAAUAUACGUUGUUUUUAUUGUU